AUGGUAGCUGACAGCCGCCACAAGGCAGGUGGGAACAAGAUACCCCACAAACCAGGGGACAGCACCUUAGGCAGCCAGAGAGCCCUGAGAGAAGAGGAGGAAGGCCGCCGCAGCUCAGCGCACAGCGGGCAUGUCACCAGCCACGAGGAGGUCAGCCCUGCUCACGCCCCCACCACUGAGGAGUCCAAAGCCUCUCACAAACUGGCUGGGGCAAGAAGUUCAGGUUCCUGGCCUAAGGGACACAGCAGGAUCGGCUCGCUGUGGAACAUCAUCACAGCCAGAGUGGUCUUGCAGAACCUCUUUCUAUGUGUCAUCUUCUUCUACACUGUGUACUACGUGGUUCUGGGCAUAAAUGACCUGCUGUUCAAGGUGUAUGAUUUGAAUGUCCUGGCACCAUUUGACUUCAGAACAAAUCCCUCAUGGCUCAACACAAAUUAUAAAGUUCUUUUAGUCUCAAUGGAGAUCACCUGCGUUGUUUGUGAGUUGCUUUUCAUUCUGGUUGUAGAAGAAUGGGCUUGGGAUUAUGCUAUUUCAGUAACUAUUGUUCAUGCUGCCAUCACUUCAACUGUUAUGCUGGAAUUCUCCUUGACAUCACAUUGGUGGGCUGCUUUAGGUAUGUACAUAUAGAAUGCCCAUAUAUAUUCUACACAUAUAUAUGUAUAAUGUAAGUAUAUGUUUAUAUCUGUUAAGGAGAGGUAUCAAAAAUAUUUUUAUGUGGUCCAGGUAAUUGGAACAGAAGACUGCUCAAAGGUUCCAUCAUUCUAAAAUUACAUGGAAUAAAUACUGGAUAUAUAUUUGUGAUGUUUUCUGUUGGUUCUCUUUCUACAUGAAUGGCAUUACUGUCUUUACAGUUGCACAAGAAGAAGUGAAACAAUUUCAUUAAUUUUUUUCUGCCCACAAAUUGAACAAUUGAAUUCAUUAAUUAUACAUCUUGUAAGAAAUUAACCAAGUGAAAGAAGACCUUUCUAAAGCUUUUUCUUUAGCUAAAGCCAGGUAUUGACCACAAAAUAGUUUUAGGUUCCUCUUUUCAGUAAAUGUGGCAAUAGUUUUUAUCUAAUUAUUGUCAUGCUUAAUGAUGAGAAAUGGAAAUGUGGCAUUUUACCACAUUCUUUUCCCCAAAGUCGAGUUAUCUGUUAUUUAUAUUACCUACUACCCUCUUCACUGGAGUUGAAUUCUCCACUCACCUUGCACAGCCAUAAGUUUCAGAUGUGUACUUUUCCCCAGUACUGUUGAGCAGAUACAGAAAACACACGUACAAAGUACUGAUGGUUUUUUUUGCAUAAGCCUUUCUAAGAUGUACAUUUUUAACAAAUUAGAAAAAAAGACACCAAAAGAAAUGCUGUAAGUGUAAAUUAUCUUUAUGAAAAACAAGACCUUACCUAAAUGAAAUAACAUGACUCUACCCUUCAUAUCAGAAGUGGAAUUACAUAUAUUGCAUUAUGAAUAGUGAGAUGGACACACAUCCCAUUGUGUGUUCAUCAGGUGAGGUGACCUAAAUGAAGUAUGUGAGAGUCAGAUCACCAUGUAAAUUAAUAUUACCUAAAUCACUAUGUAUAAUAGUCAUGCUUGGGUUUUACAUCCUCAAGAGACAGAGAUAAAUGAAGACCACCAAAACAUUGUAAUCACUAUUCCAAAUUGAAGCCAAAUCCUUAAAAUGAAAAAUGUUUUUAAAAACUUCAUGUUAACUGUUCAUUCACAUAUUGCCAGUUUCAUCAAUUGCCUUCUAUGUGCCUGGCACUGUGACAGUGAAGAAAUUAUUAAAUAUUGUAAAACAGUUAAUCCUAUAACUAAAAAUUUUGAACUUCAUUAGAUGUAGGGGAAAGAGGAAAAAAAAAACCCAAGAGCUUAUGUCUUUUGGAUUUUACAUAAAAUGAAAUACCACAAAAUUUAUGAGCCUGAGCCAAUGCAGUCACAUAGCAAAUUUGACCUUGAUGUUAAGGAGAGUCAACUUUGGCAUAAUGGAAUGGCCAAUAGAAUUUGCUAAAAUGCCUAGGUGACUAUUUCAGUUUCAAUAACUAGGAUUGGAUUACUCAGAGGAUAGUUGCCAAAUAAUGUCUGAGGUAACCUUCUUUGUUUUUCUUUGAGUUAAAAAUUUAAAGAGAAUAGUAGCUACACAUUUAGGCAAUUCUAGCUCAUGAUCUCACACUGGGUGUGUGUCUUUGUGUGAGGAAGUUGUGGUCCUGUCAGGCCUCUGAUUCACUAAGGGCUCUUACCCUGGGGAUCUUCACCCUUGAUGAGAGUUUUGCUAUUACUGGCAUACAAGGAACAACAUAUUUAUGAAGGCCUGUAAGUACAGAUUAAUGUUUUAAAACAACCAAGAAUCACUGGGUCAAUGAAAUCAGAGCUAAAGUCAUUUUCACAUAACUAAGUAGCUAAGGUAGGUGGAAUUCUGUGUUCAAAAUCCUUUUUUAUACUAAAAAUUAUUUUCAAGAUAGUGAGCAUGUUUUCCUUUUAUAAUUAGAGAGAAAAUACCUUACAAAAAUAUUUUAAAAUAGCAACAAUGAAAACAAACGGCAAGUCUGAAGAGCUAAAAGAAUUGAGAAUUGUAAACUCCCUUGAAUAUGCUUUGACUUCACUGCCUUUGAAUUUCUGAGCUUUAAGAGCUCCUUAUUUGACAGAACCAUGCACCUAUUCCCUGAAGGAAGUUUUGAAUUUCAACAAUUUACCAGCAUGGAAUAUAUACCUACUCUAUCUUAGCUGAAUCUAUUUUGAAUGCUCUGUCAGUUUCAGGAACAUUAUUUUAGUCAUGACAAUUGUUCUUAUUCAUAAUCUCACCAAU